AUGGCUGAUCCCAACGGCCCCCGCCACCUCCCCACCCCGUUCGAGCCACGGCCCAUCGAUGGCCUAAUCGGCGGCGACACCGCCGACUCCGACAGCGGGGGCACCGCCAUUGUCGGCAACAUGAUGACCACCGGUCCCGGCGCGGCGCUGGUGCUGGCGGCGGCGGGGACGACGACGACCUCCACCUCCCUCGCCGAGAGCAGCGGGAUCGGUGGCCGCCUCGUCCAGGAUCAGGAGGAGGCCGGCUCCAGUGUUUUAGGCGGCAGCUACAUCGUCCCCUUCCCCAACGGCCACGGCGUCCUCGAUCACGAUGGCCUCACCGGCAAGGCGACGCCAUACGAGCCGCCGCCGUCGUGGAUUCCGUGGAUUGAGAGCCCCAGCUUGUUCGGCGGGUGGAGGUUCGGGUCAGACGCCGUGGCCGGCGGUGGCGACAAGGACAUCGUCGACCUCUCUCCGGUCGGCAAUGCUCAUGAUGAGCUCCCAAGUGACGGCCUCAACUUGAGCUCCGCCGGCGACGCCAUCAUCAACACCACGGCCUCAAGCAGCCGCUGCGGACUCGUCGAUGUGCUCAAUGAAGAUAUGGUGACCGAGAUUCUCCUUCGCCCCCCACCGGAGGACCCAGCCCUGUUCGCCCGACUCCAGCUGGUUUGCAAGCAAUGGCAUGCGAUCCUCGGCGACCCCUGCUUCAUCCGCCUCCUCCGCAAGUUCCAUGAUCCACCUCCUAUGCUUGGCUACUUCAUCAACGAGGAUGAACCCGGAAAGCCAAUGGAGAUCGCAAGAUUCGUCCACAUGACGACAACAUUCAGGGCGAGUCCCGACAUAUACGACCUCGCAUCAGCGGUUGACAGCCGACACGGCCUGGUCCUCUUCUACGUGAGGGUUUGCUCCGACGAGGAGGAGCGAUUCGUAGUCUGGGAUCCAAUGGUGGAAGAAGAAGAAGAAGAGGAGCAGUGGAUCGAUGGAUUUCCCUUCCCCGUCGAGACGCAGUACUGGACGGCGGCCGUGAUGUGUGGCCUUUUGGAGUGCCAUAACGAUCAUCUUCACUGCCACGGGGGACCAUUUCUGGUCGUCGCCGCAUGCACUCGCACGAUGGACUCCUACAGCUCUCUCAGGAUGUACUCUUCCUACACCGAUGGCUGGAGCGAUGAGAUUCUGCACAAGGAGAAGGAUCAGAUUGAUACCAAGGCCUGCGUCCUUGUGGGAAGGAAGCUUUUCCUCCCCACUAGAGUAUGA